GCGGGUGCGCAAGCUGCGACGCGUUUUAACAAAUUCGAUUGUGCGGAGGAGGAACCAGCAGAGACCGCAGUCAUGAGCUUCCAGGCCCUCGGCAGGAGCGUGCGCAGCAGCCGCCUCGUAGCGCGCCGUGCUGCUACAGCCGCGUCCAGAUCUGCACGCUCGCAGGUGGCACUUGCCGCCCAGCACCAGACGCGCUCGCUCUCUGCAGUGAACAACAGCAACAGCUUCUUGCGCUCACAAACGCCGAUCAUGACCCGCGCUUUCUCUUCCGCUGCCGCUGAGUCGGUACCCGUGCCGUCUAUGGGCGAUUCCAUCUCGGAGGGAACGGUCGUCGAGUGGCUGAAAGCCCCCGGUGACUUCGUGGACACUGACGAAGUGGUCGUCGUGCUGGAGACUGACAAGGUCAGCGUGGAUGUGCGUGCUCCGUUCUCUGGCGUGCUGGAGGCUCAGCUGGCUCAGAUCGACGAUAACGUACUGGUGGGCUCUCCUCUUUUCAGCGUGGUGAAGCGGGCUGCCAACAGCGCACCGGCCGCUGCAGCCUCUACUGAUGCUGCUCCGACGAAGGAGUCGGUAGCUCCCGCGGCUCCUGCUGGCGAGGACCUCGAGACCGUCAACGUGCCGUCCAUGGGUGACUCCAUCUCGGAGGGAACGAUUGUGACUAUCCUUAAGAAUGUUGGAGACUACGUGCGCGCCGACGAGGCUGUUCUCAUUGUGGAAACCGACAAGGUGAGCGUGGAUGUCAACGCUCCAGUAUCCGGUAAGGUGACGAGUGUGCUGGCGAAGCUUGAGGACGUUGUCGAAGUGGGAUCGCCGCUAUUCGUGAUCGACAAGGCGGCUCCUGCCCCGGCUGAGUCUGCUGCUGCUGCUGCUGCUCCGGCCGCUGCUCCUACUGCUGCCGCGUCUGCCCCAGCUGAGAAGGCUCCAGUUUCAUCACCGAAGCCCUCGACCCCCGCCCCAGCUGCGCCUGCUACGCCAUCGGCGCCUUCUACGGGCCGAUACAACCGCAACGAGACUCGCGUCCAGAUGAGUGCUCUGAAGACUCGUGCGUCACAGCGUCUUAAGGACACGCAGAACAGUGCCGCCAUGCUUUCCACCUUCCAGGAGUGUGAUCUGGGCAACCUGAUCGCUCUGCGUGAGGAGCUUGGCGAGAGCUUCGAGAAGACUCACGGUGUGAAGCUUGGCAUCAUGUCGUCGUUCCUCAAGGCCAGUGCACAGGCGCUUCAGCGCAUCCCUGCCGCCAACUCUUUUAUCGACAUGGAGGCCAAGGAGAUCGUCUACAACGACUUCGUCGACAUCAACGUGGCCGUCGCAUCGGAGCGAGGUGUUGUGAUGCCUGUUAUCCGUAACGUUGAGAAGUUGAGCGUGGUGGACAUCGAGAAGACGCUGACUACGCUGGGUGAGCAGGCCCGUGACAGCACGUUGGCUCUGGAAGAUCUGGCGGGUGGCACUUUCACUGUUUCGAACAGCGGCGUGAACGGAGCGCUGUUGAGCACCUCAAUGCUGACUGCGCCUCAGUCGGCUGUUCUGGGUGUGCACGGUGUCAAGAUGCGCCCGACGGUGCACGCGGGCAAGGUUGUGCCGCGCCCCAUGAUGUUCCUCUCGCUGACUUACGACCACCGCAUCAUCGAUGGACGAGAAGGUGUGACGGUGCUGAAGAGCAUCGCUGAGGCCAUCAGUGACCCGCGCCGUCUGCUUCUGGACAUGUAAAGGAGUUGAACCCCUAGGCAACAAACUGCUCGUGGAGCUCAGAAGCAACAAGUGGAGAACAGAAGGAAGGAGUGGAGCUAAUCAAGUUCUAGAGUGAAAGAAAGAUGAAACUUGGUUAUUGUUACAAAACUGGUUCGUACGGAUGCAUUCUGGCGAUCCAUUGUCAACACGUAGUAAGUCACAGCCAUAAGACGGCGUGAAGUCCAUCGCAGUGCAGGGAUUCCCGAUGUCCAUGUAUAUACAUUCUACUCUGCAUAAGAAAGCCUGCUAUCUCGAUUCCAUCGUCGAAAACUCAGCAGCAGCGGCAGCGAGUUCAGCCAUUCGGAGCACUUCCUCUGGGUCUUCGAGGUCUUCCAUGAAUGCGAUCUCUUCUUCCUCCUCGAUAUCGUCACUAUCAUCAGAGUUGGGUACAGGAGUAUCAGAUAUAAAACUAACCUCUUCAUCCAAAACAGAUCCACCGACAUCUUCAAUAGGUUCGACCGUAUCGAUACCUUCUUCAAGCGAUGGUGGUACCUCACCAAGUUCGUUGACCAUGUCAGCCUCAGGCACAUACUGCUCC